AUGAUCUAUGUGAUUGAGUUCCAGAAGAGAGGUUUACCUCAUGCUCACUUUUUGGUCAUUUUAAAGCAAGAGUACAAAAUCAAAUGCCCAUCUGAUUUUGAUAAAUUUGUAUGUGCUGAGAUACCAUCAGUUGACAAUAGAUAUCUUAGAAAAGUGAUACUCAAACAUAUGAUGCAUGGUCCCUGCGGUCACUUGAAUCCAGAGUGUCCUUGUAUGAAGCAAAAAGAAAGUCCUGGUCGUUGUAAAUAUGGUUAUCCAAAGCAGUUCUGUGAUGAAACUAAAAAUGGUAGUGAUGGAUAUCCAUUGUACCGAAGAAGAGAAACAGGAGAAACUGUUACAGUUCGAAAGACAAUUAUGGAUAAUAAAUGGGUUAUCCCAUAUAGUCCAUAUCUUUCUUCAUACUUUGACUAUCAUUUAAAUGUUGAGGUUUGCUCUACUAUAGAGGCGGUCAAGUAUUUGUAUAAGUAUGUUUAUAAGGGUCAUGACAGAGUGUCUUUUAAUAUUGGUCAGUCUGAAGAUGAUGUUCCUGUCCAAGAUGAAAUACAGCAGUAUCAGUCAGGUCGAUGGGUUUCACCCUGUGAAGCUGCUUGGCGCCUUUUUAGCUUUGAUAUGUAUGAAAUGCAUCCACCAGUUUUGCCUCUUCCUGUGCAUUUGCCUAAUUCACAGUUGGUCCAGCUUAGGCCCCAUGAACGACUUACAUCAGUGGUUUCAGAUGAUAAACGUUCUAGAACUUGUCUUACAGAGUUCUUUUGA